UGUUCAACCAUGGAAAUAUUCGGGAAGAAAUUCUUAUUCUUUGUCCUUCUUUUAAUAGCAAUUUUUGCUAUUAAAAGUUCUUCCUGCCAGGAAGAAUAUGUCAGUGAUCACUAUAAAGUUUCAAGUUAUUCUGAAGGAAAAUCAAAUGGAUCCGAAGAUUGUUGCCUUCCAGGUGAUUACUACUUAAUCUCCAAUAUCCUGGUUUAUUACUACGCCUAUACCCAAAAUCAUUCAGGCCUACAUAACGACAAGAACAGCCCCAUUAGCAUUGCUGCUUCCGGAACUAUUGUCCAUGUUAAUGAAGGAAAUAUUUAUUUCUGGGGAGAAUCCACGAAAACCAUUCAAGCGAUCAUUUCAAAGGAGAAUAUGAGCUUAUUAGUCAAGUUUCUAAAUAACAUUGACGUUGAAAAAAUAUUCAAUGAAUUAAUUGGCGUGAAAGUUCUCUCAGAAGAAACAAUUUCCUUUGCUAAAAGCUCUAAGAAUCUUUUAGAAGUUCUCUUGAAAAAAAGCAACAAUACCGGAUUUCUCAUUAAUCUCAAUGGAGCUCCACUCUAUGCUGAUCUCUUCAAGAAAUCCUUCAUACAUUUAGAAGCCAAAACAUCCCCUCUUUGUGAAUUAAUUACCACAGAAGACAUAAAAGAAUUCCUCGUGAUCAUUGGAGAAAAAAGCUCCAUCAUAAAAUGCUUGAGAUCCAUUGAGAAUUAUCAUGAAACAGGAUGGAGAGUGAAAUAUUUCACAUAUUCUGAUAAAAUUACACCAGAAAUGCUGAUUGAGUGUGAAAAAGCGUGGAAAUAUGUUUUUGGAGAUUUUCUCCUUUGCAAAACUUUGGUAAAUGAAACUCACAACUUUUUGAACGAUCUUGGGCUACAUCAUCAUACAGAUAAAUUUGACUGUGUAUUAGGUAAUGUUUUGAGUCUUAUUAAUGGUUUACUUUCGACCCUUGUGGGCAGUUUGAGUGAUUUAUAAAUAAAAAAUAAAAAUCCAGAAAA